CUCAGUCAAAGGCCAACUGUGGCUGAACUACUUGCCAGGAAGAUCUUGAGGUUUAAUGAGUAUGUGGAGGUGACAGAUGCACAAGACUACGACCGUCGCGCAGAUAAACCGUGGACCAAACUGACUCCUGCUGACAAGGCCGCCAUAAGAAAAGAACUGAAUGAAUUUAAAAGCUCGGAGAUGGAGGUCCAUGAAGACAGCAAACAUUUUACACGCUACCAUCGCCCAUGAAGCUAAAGUGUGAGAAAGGAACUAAAGGGCCAUCAGAAAAACAGAGCUGUGUUGUUGCUUGUCUCCUGAGUGACCAUAGCACUUCCUGCACAGCCAGAGCUACUCUGGGAUCUGGUUCAGGGGCGAACAGCACUUCUAUGAAUGUAGCCUGGUACUGGAACGGAUUCUUGUGCUGCCCUUAGCGAAGAAUGAACCGCCUGCUGCUUUUGAGCCUUUUUCCAGCACUGCAGCAGACUUGAGGGCUCUUCUCUCACCAGCUGCAGAAGCUCAGGGCCCCUUGCGGCUUCUGAGCUUUACAGGCUGCAGCGCACCCCACCCCAAGGCAACUACCCAUUGUUCAACUGCUGAGGCACUGGGACCAUUAGCCUGACCUGCCUGCCCUAACUGUGAGACCCUCUCAUGGAGGCAUUAGUUCCAGUAAAUCCUCUUGCCAGGGAAAAGAAAAUAAACUUGUGGAGGCACCAGCCCUUCUAGCAAAGGGCCUGGCCUCCAGCAGUGCUUGGGCCUCACUGGCGUCAGUUGAAGAUUGCACUGUACCUCCUCGCCCAUGGCAGUGAACCUGAGCGAGACUGGGGUCUGACCUGCUCAUCCUCGUGGCACUCGUCAUCCCAGCUCCUUUCCUUUUCGAAACAAGGUCUUGUCCUAUGGCUCAGGCUGGCCUCAAAGUCCUGUCUCAGCCUCCCAAGUGCUAGGACUACAAGCAUGAGCCAUCAUGCUUGGCUUUCAUACUGGUCCACAUUUUAAAGUGAUCAUAAAGAAAUGAUAGAAAUUUAGUCAUUAAACAGUCUGAGCUGUAAUCAGAACCCGAGUGUUGAAAUGACAAAGCCAUGUACAUUUUCUAUAUACAAACCAAGAAAAAGGCCUUACUAUUAAUGCCAGUUUGGCAGAGAACUCAUGGGUUGGACUUUGCAGACUAUUACAUGUUCCUUGUACCAAAUGAUACUGUAAAUCACUUCAGCCAGUGGGAGCACCCGUGGGAGCAUUGUAUGCUGCUGGUGCCAUGCUUCUAGCCUCCUUGGUGCUGUUGGCCCUCUCUACUCCAGCAGCGCCUUUCUCCAGCUGCACUCACCUCACUUGCCUUCUAGAUUCCAUGCUGCAGUCAGUGUGGUUGGUGCCUAAGUUUGUGGAUCAGGCCUUCUCCAUUUGUAUUGUGGUGCAGAAUUUUUCUCUUGAAACCUAUAGAGCCUCACUGUUCCCUUCUAAUUGCCAUUUACAUUGUAAGUGGCAGAGAACUACAUCUUGGUUUUUCUCUUUUAGUUUUUGUUUUAGUCUGCACCUCAGUGUGUAGCCCAAGCUAGCCCUUGACUUGAGGUCUUCCUUCCCCAGCUUUUCCAGGCUGGGUCCUAGGCGUCAACAGUUGCACACAGCUUUUACUCACCUUAAUAUUUUAGCAAAUUGUAUCUCUUAAAAAAAAUUUUUUUUUUUUUUGCUUUAUUCUAUUUUCUGUCUAUAGUCUUUCAGCAAUUUUCUCUUUGUCAGCAUCACACUUACUAAAGAGUUAUAGGGUGAACGAAAAAGUGAAAGUGACCUUAAAAGUAGUACUUUGUUCUCUGUGGGGGAAGUAGUAGUUUUGUUUGCUUUUCUGUUACUGCUAGGCAGUUUCUGGCUCUGUAAAAAAAGACUGCAUCCCCACCUCCUCAAAGCUUAUGAACACUUGGGUUAAGGAGGGAAAAACCAAUGAUGGUUCUAAGUCUGUUGGACAUCUAGACGCAAGGUUGCCGGAACUGCUGACGUUCAUCAUCAUCUUUGAUUGCAUUUUGUUCUGUGCUCAGGAUGGAAGCAAAGGUCUCACAAGGAAGGCAGUUGCUCUGCCCCUGCUCUCUCACAGCUAGAUUCCAAACACCCUUUCCUGGUGGUUUGGAGUCCGCUUUGCAUAUGCCUCUGCUGUCUAUGGCUCAAAUGACAUUUUCUGUUUUGUUUUAUUAGACAGGGUCUCAUGUAGUCUAUGCUGGCCUUGAACUCGCUUUGUAGCCAAGGAUCCCCCUGCCUCUACCUCCCAAGUACAGGGACCAUAGCUGUGCCCACUGUACCUGACGGCGAAGCGACUUUGCAGCCUUCUCGCUGCCGCUUUCCUCACUGUGCCAAGCCUGAGCGGUCUGCUUGUGUGCCAUCAAGGGCUCUGAGUCACUGCUCAUCUCAUUCGUCUUCUGGAACAUGGUAUGUUAGCCUGGCCUCUAGUCAGUGGUUUUGUUUUUAUGUCUAUAAAAGUUGAUUUUGUUUUCCUCGUGAGCUUGAGGCUCACGAUCACAAUGUAAAGGAGUAAAAGCCUAGCCUAUUGACCAUUAAUGUGCUUCCCUAAUGUACAGAGUCUUGUAAAAUAAAUAAUUACAUUGUAUAUCAGUUUUCCCACCAAUCUUAAUUAUUAAAGUAUUUUAGAAUGUCAAAAAA